CUGCCGGCGGCGGCGGCGGCGGCCUCGAGCGCUCGCUCGUUGAUGCCGUUCUCGGGGUGACCCGGCGCGGCUCCGCGGUGGCCGGGCGCUAGACGACGCCAGCCCAGCGACGCGGGAGCGGGACAUGCUGGAGCUGCGGCACCGCGGGGGCUGCCCCGGCCCCGGGGGAGCGGGGACGCCGCCACCCCGCGAGGGGGAGGCGGCCGGCGGCGACCACGAAACCGAGAGCACCAGCGACAAAGAAACAGAUAUUGAUGACAGGUAUGGAGAUCUCGAUGCCAGAGGAGAUUCUGAUGUUCCUGAGAUCCCACCGGCCUCAGACAGGACCCCCGAGAUCCUCAAGAAAGCCCUGUCUGGACUAUCUUCAAGAUGGAAGAACUGGUGGAUCCGAGGGAUCCUCACCCUCACCAUGAUCUCCCUCUUUUUCCUGAUCAUCUAUAUGGGGUCCUUCAUGCUGAUGCUUCUGGUUCUGGGCAUCCAAGUGAAAUGCUUCCACGAGAUCAUCACCAUUGGGUACAGAGUCUACCAUUCCUAUGACCUUCCAUGGUUUAGAACACUGAGUUGGUACUUUCUCCUGUGUGUGAACUACUUCUUCUAUGGAGAGACGGUGGCGGAUUACUUUGCUACGUUUGUUCAGAGGGAGGAGCAGCUGCAGUUCCUCAUUCGCUACCACAGGUUUAUAUCCUUCGCCCUCUACCUGGCAGGUUUCUGCAUGUUUGUGCUGAGCUUGGUGAAGAAACACUACCGUCUGCAGUUUUACAUGUUCGCAUGGACCCAUGUCACUUUACUGAUAACCGUUACUCAGUCACAUCUUGUCAUCCAAAAUCUGUUUGAAGGCAUGAUAUGGUUCCUUGUUCCAAUAUCAAGUGUCAUCUGCAAUGACAUCACUGCUUACCUCUUCGGAUUUUUUUUUGGAAGAACUCCUUUAAUUAAGCUAUCUCCUAAGAAGACCUGGGAAGGAUUCAUUGGUGGUUUCUUCUCCACAGUCAUAUUUGGAUUCAUUGCUGCCUAUGUGUUGUCCAAAUACCAGUACUUUGUGUGUCCAGUGGAAUACCGAAGCGAUGUCAACUCUUUCGUGACAGAGUGUGAGCCCUCAGAACUCUUCCAGCUUCAGAGUUACUCCCUCCCUCCGUUCCUAAAGGCGGUGUUGAGACGGGACACAGUGAGCUUGUAUCCCUUCCAGAUACAUAGCAUUGCUCUCUCAACGUUUGCCUCACUGAUUGGCCCAUUUGGAGGCUUCUUCGCCAGUGGAUUCAAAAGAGCUUUCAAAAUCAAGGAUUUUGCAAACACCAUUCCUGGACAUGGCGGGAUAAUGGACAGGUUUGAUUGUCAGUAUCUGAUGGCCACGUUCGUGCAUGUGUACAUCACAAGCUUCAUAAGGGGUCCGAAUCCCAGCAAGGUCCUCCAGCAGCUGCUGGUGCUUCAACCAGAGCAGCAGUUAAACAUCUACAGAACCCUGAAGACUCAUCUCACUGAGAAAGGAAUCCUGCAGCCCACCUUGAAGGUGUAGCUGCCCUGAGAGGAUGGACUGCCAAGGAGGAGCUGGCCGAACAGUUCUGAAGUCUUGCACUGAGCCGGCGUGGGGCUAAAUCUCGAUAGUUUCUUUCUCUGAAAUUACUGUGAAUAUUUAACAAACACGCGAUCUAAGUGAUGAGUGCAUAGCAGUCGUCCGCCCUUGAAAGCUACUAUACUUUUCUCAGAUGUAUUUUCCAAUGUUAACUUCUCUGCCCUCACUUGCCGGGUUCCAUAAUUUAGGACACUUGUGUUUUAAAGAGUCAAACACUAUAAAUUGAGGCCCUCUUAGGGUUGUGCCUGGCAGUGUGAUCUUUUGCACAAACAUUGACCUUUGCACUGGGAACUGCCUCUCUGUAGCCAGAUGCUUGCUGCAGGCACAAGGGGAGCCAGGUCUCCAGGGCUUCCUCCCCUUAUAGACUCAAGUAUUUCUGAAGGCCUGAGUUAGAUUAAAAAAGAGAGAAAAAGAAUGAUUGUCCACUUUUUCCUGUUUUCUUUUUUCCUUUUUGUUUGUUUGUUCAUGGUACUGGGGAUGGAACCCAGCGUCUCAUACACAGCAGGCAGGACUCCAAUCCUGGGCUCCGUACCGGCUGGACUGCCUGUCUGAGAAGUAAUAGUCUGCUGAGUGAAAACAUCUUGAUUUUAAGUAGUUUCAAGAUUCCGAGGCUAGAGGCUGAAACCUGUGCCAUUACUGAUUCGUUUAAAAGCAGGUGUCUGAAUCUACUUCUGAUGAAACUUUUUUAAAAACAUAACCAACUUCCCAAGAGACACAGAAGUGGGUCCUCAGUGCAGAAAGAGUCACCCCAUGGCUUGGUGGUCGCUUCUGCUUUUCUUAGUUCCCUGGAAACUGAUUUCACUGAGUCCCACGAAGGGGGGCGGGGGCGGAGCACUGGCAGGCUGCCUGUGGUGAGGCACCUCCUGGCAGUCCAGAGCCUGCCUCCAGCUCUCUGUACACCUCACCUGGAAGGAAGACCCAGCCCUGCCGACUCCCUGGUGGUGAUUGCUCUUCCCAUCCUGUCAUCAAAUCCAAGAGUAAAAAUCAGGCAGAAAUAAUAGCCGGUGAGAAGAAGAGCACACAAAUGCCGUGCCUUCCCGAGGUGGCCGGACCUUGUGGCCGACUCGAGGAAGCCUCCUCUUGGCCCUGGACAUAGGCUCCUGUUGCUGCCUGUACUCCACAGCCAUACUCAGCACAUCAAACGUGGUUGGUCACACUCAGAAACCAUCCAGUUCUGUCUUCAGUGUUCAGAGGGGGAAAUAGAGACACUGUAAAGGCUAUUUUGGUAAUGAAAAGAGUAAAUAUUUUGUUGAAAUUUGAAAUGAAUUUCAGUUAUCAGCAUUUCCUUCCUACUGUAGACAUGCCUGGGUUCUGAGGAUAAGCCUCCAGCCAUCAUGAGUACUACACUCACACCCGGUGUGCGGUGAGCACAGCAGACAGUGACCCCCAAUCCGAGAAUGUGGUCAUUGUUGGGUCUGGUCUCUACCAGGUGACUUGUGACCCGGGGCUGCCCUGCCUCAUGAAAGCACUACCACAGAGGAUGCCACUGUUGAGUCGGGCCACAUAUGAGUUAAGUCCAGCAUCCCCUGCUUUUGUUAGUCCCACUCCCUUCUCCAGAGGUUGACCACAAAGAGUCGCAGGCACCCAAGAACCGGCGAAAACCGUGUGAUAGGAACACGCACCGAAAACAUGGCCGUGCGCACAACUCAGAGCUGCUUAAGGGGGAUGUGGAGUCUCCUAACCCACCAUGUUUCCACGGGAUUGGUGAGGUGUGGCAGGCCAGAAUUAUGAGAGCAUUACAUAUUCACACCUAUUAAAAACCAAUAUUCUCCUAAACAAAGGAGGAAACUAGGACUAUUGGGGUUUCUGUAAAAGCUUUUCUCAAAUAGACUUUUAGGUUUGGGUGUACAUCAUGCCAUAUAAAAAACAAGUUUUUGAUUUUUAACAAAGCUCUGAAGAUGAACGUUUCUAGCAUACUUUUAUAGCAUGUAUAUUAAAAUGGACUCUAUCUUAGCCGACAAUCACCAGAAGAGCCAGACUCUGAUCGGCAUUCUGUCUGCACCAGAAGAGGCUUCAGCUAAUGUAGUGAUGAGGUGGACAAAUGAGAACUGGGCAUGCACAGUGAUGCCCGCAUUGGAAAUCUGCUGUUUGGUACCCACUGUCUGGCUUCUUAACCUGCGGGCUGUUGAUGUCUCCUGUCCUCGUGGUGGCCCACAUCCGGUCACGGUCUGAGAUGGAAGAGCAUCUCCUUUCGGUGAUUCUUCUCUCCUCGUUCGCACUUUGCUUUGAACAAAGGUACGACCUCGUUCAACGGUAGCAACACUGUAUAUACACUGUACAUGGGUGAAAGUUUAUGAUGUGUGUCAAUCAGUUCUCUGAAUCUUUUUACUGAAACUGGGAUAGAAAAAAAAUAAUAAAAAAUCGAUGGUAUUUUGA